CGAACAGCACCAAUCUGACAGACAAUUGUUUCAUAAUAAUUCCUAACCUAAAAUUUUUAUUAUUUAUAAAUAUUUUCAUGAAGUCUUCUGUAUUUCUAAAUUAAAAUGUCUAAUAGCAACUUAUUUAUGAAGUCCGCAUUCUUGCGGGCUCCACUGCAGAACGGCGUCGGUCGCUACGUCUGCCAGUUACAACGAAUUGUGCUCAAAUUCUGUAAAAGCCAUGGAGGUAGCCGCGGAUUAAGGGACUUCAUAGAACAAGACCUGGUGGACUUUGCGAAGCAGAAUCCCAGUGUUGUUGUGUACCUGAAGCCACGGAGACACCGGAGCCCUGUCGUUGUAGCAGAAUAUUUGAACGGCGACAAAGUAUGGAUGAGUAUGCACAGCAAAACCCAUUCAGAAAUAACCAAAUGGAUAGAAGUAUUACGAACUCAACAAGGGGACAUUUCUGGAGCUCGCCUAAGAAAAUACCAGUACACGGACCAUCCGUCCAUUCAAGGACCCUGGACACCUUUCACUUUCAAGGACCCAGAGCUCAAUUUAGCCCAGUUACCGGACCCUAAGUUUGGUGCAAACAAUAGACUACCUAUGACCGCAACUGAAAAAUUGAGGAUCAUGUUUGAGAAACAGAAAAUUCGGGACGAGGAUGUCAAGACUGGUGAAUAGGAUGUAGAAUUAGUCUAUACUAAUAUUAUAAAUGCGAAAAUGUGUCUGUCUGUCUGCUACGUUUUCACGGCCCAACCGCUGAACCGAUUUUAAUGAAAUUUGGUACAGACUUGGGAUACAUCCCGGGGAAGAACAUAGGCUACUUUUUAUCCCGGAAAAUCAAAGAGUUCCUAUGGGAUUAAAAAAACCAAUUUCACGCGGGUGAAGCCGCGGGCAUCCUCUAGUAUGCUAUAUUAGAUUUCAAAACUACCAUGAAAAUUCUGAUUGUCACAUUUUUUUUUAAAUAUUAGCCAUGCUCAUCAUGACUACUACUCCCCUUUCCCCUCCAAUUAAGCGUAAAGCUUGU